AAAAUAUUUAUUUGGUGUAAAAAAGAAGGUUUACUCAGGGGAAGUUGACCAGAGAGAAAGGAGAUGGUGGCGCGCAAGUUUCAGGUGGUUCACGACGACUCUGAUUUUGAUAUCAAUUACGACACAGACGAUGGCUUCGAAGUUUUUCAGUUCCAGCUUUAUUCCCUCACUUCCGUUCCACCUCAUCAGCAAAAGAUUUUUGGAGCCGAACAAGAUACACCAGUCACCACUGAUUCUGAUCUCAUCGCCGUUUCUGACAAACUACGACUCGUCUCGGUCAAGGACACCGAACCGGAACCGGAACCGGAACAGGAACAAAGUUAUUCCGAUUUGUUGAAAUCAGAUGAGGAAUUGGCCCGACUCUUGCAGGCAGAGGAGGAAGCGCUUUUGUUGCAGCAAUAUAUGUCUAGCGAAAAUCCUCGAGAAUUUGAUAGUAGAGUGCGGUCCUACAUUAGUCAAGUUCGAAUGUAUGAAGAUCCAACGCGCCAGGAGGCUGCUCGGAAGUCUGUUCCUGUAGAAGAGCUUGAGGAGAAAGCUUUGGUCUCUUUGGCUAAGGAGGGGAACUUCAAGCCAUCGAAAAUAGAACAAGAUCAUGCUUUCAUGCUGCAGCUGCUUUUCUGGUUCAAAAAAUCCUUCAGAUGGGUGAAUUCACCAUCGUGUAACGAUUGUGGUAAAGAAACUGUAGGCCAGGGCAUGACUUCUGCACUUCCUUCUGAGACACUUUAUGGAGCUUCUAGGGUUGAACUCUAUCGUUGCACCUUUUGCUCCAAACUUACUCGUUUCCCUCGGUACAAUGAUCCAAUGAAGCUUGUGGAAACAAGAGAGGGCCGCUGUGGGGAAUGGGCCAAUUGCUUUACUCUCUAUUGUCGAGCUUUUGGCUAUGAUUCACGUCUGAUCUUGGACUUUACGGAUCAUGUUUGGACAGAGUGCUUCUCUCAAUUCUUGGGCAGAUGGAUGCAUCUUGACCCAUGUGAAGGAAUCUAUGACCAGCCAUUAUUAUAUGAAAAAGGGUGGGGGAAAAAGUUAAAUUAUGUAAUAGCCAUAGCAAAAGACGGGGUUUAUGAUGUCACCAAACGAUAUACAAGGAAGUGGCAUGAGGUUCUGUCUCGCCGUACUAUGCUUACAGAGCCUUCUGCAUCAUCUGUAUUACGUAAUAUAACAGAAGAAAUUCGAAGAGGCCUUCCAUCUGAACUACUUUCAAUUAUUCAAGCUCGUGAUAUGGUAGAAAAUGAAGAACUUGAGAGGAGUUUGCAUGCUAAUGAUGACGAGUCAUUAUCAUUACCAGGAAGACGAAGUGGGAAUGAGGAAUGGCGCAAAUCCAGAUUAGAGAUUGGUUCUGAUGAGCUAAGUUCUUCUGCUUGCCCAGUUCGUUUGUGCGUAGAUGAACAUGUGACAAGGAUUUACAAUGCAUUUCAUGCUGUCCUUUAUCAAUUCGUUAGGGAAGAACUAACAAAGUUAGAAGCUGUUGAAGUACUCAGGAUUACUAAAGGAAUUCUUUUGGAUCUUCGCAAUUCCCCUUAUAAAAGUAGAAGGACCUCCAUUGAUUCAGUUCUAAAUAAACCAAAAUUUCAAAAACUGUUGCCAUCUUUUGAUGACUUACUUGGUGCACUUUCACUAGAGAAAAAAGUGAAUACAGAUGGGACAGUUGAAAUUGGUUUGGUCGCUGACCCUGUUGUUACUUCUUUAGCAUUGCCUGUUGCUCUAGAUGUUCUGGAUGACAUGAUUUACAAUCUUGACAAGUGUGAAAACUACGGCAAAGAUAUGUUUCUGCUGCCACUUCCAAAGUUAAAUAGAAUACAUUCGGGUUCGGUGUUGGCAAGUUCGGAGGAGUUGCCUUUUGGGAUUAUAACAUCAGCAUUUGAUGGAAUUAGAGUAUCUAAAUGGGAAGAACCAAAUGGAGCAAGAGGUUGUUGGAUCGUGUAUAGAACAUUUGAUUGCAAGAUGUUUGAGCUUGUAGCAUAUGAUUUGAUGUCAGCCAAUGAUGCACCAGAAAGGGAUCCAAUGAACUGGAUUCUUGAAGGUAGCAGUAAUAAGGGGAUCAAUUGGCAAGUUUUGGACAAGCAAACCUCUCAGUUCUUUGAAGACCGUUUUCAACGUAAAACAUACAAAAUCAAUUGUGCAAGCUUUCCGUGUAAUAUAUUCAGGUUUAGGUUUCUGGCAGUCAGAGAUGUUCAUUCUACUUCCCGGCUGCAAAUCGGUAGCAUUGACCUCUAUGCAAAAUCUACAUGAAAUGCAGUUAC